CAUUUUCUAUGACUCCAGUCUUUAUCCGCGGAGGAAUUGAAUGUUAAUUUAUUAGAAGAAGAAGGAGGAAAGAAGAAUUGUCUUCCCUCUCGCGAGUUCCUAUUGAUUGAAGACAAAAUGGCGAACGGUGGACACGGCGUAGUCGUAAACGGGGUUGGUGCACCUGGUGCCGGCACGCUUUCGAGGGAAGAAAGACGUCGACGCAGAAGAGCGACGCAAAAAUAUCGAACUGCACAUGCCACGAGGGAAAGAGUUCGAGUGGAGGCUUUCAACUUAGCUUUCGCAGAACUUCGAAAGCUUCUGCCGACCUUGCCACCAGAGAAGAAACUCUCGAAGAUCGAGAUCCUUAGACUAGCCAUCUGCUACAUCGCUUACUUGAAUCACGUCCUCGAAGCUUGAAUAAUCAACUCAAUAGUUGAUAACUGAUCAAAGCUAGUUGAUCAGGGAUCACUCUAUUUUUACAAGGUCUAAC